UCUUUUUUAUUUUUUUCUUGAUACGAUGAGGAUCAGGAAACGACAAGUGCCUCUUCCUCUUUCGUCUCUCUUCCCUGUUCCUCUCUCAGAUCUCUACUCUAACCGCUCUCCCUCUGCCGCCGCUCGUUACUUUUACGGCCAAGACCUAACCCCAGGUGGUUCUGUUUCUCUUCUUCAGUUUCCGACACCACCGCUGAUUCAAAGAGAUGAGAAAGCUUUGGAUAAUGGAGAUGAUGUAGACGUGAAGAGCUGUACAGUUGCAUCGGGCAGCAAGAACGUUGAUUCCCAAGAAGAAUCAGACUCUUCAACACAAGCUGUCGAGAAGAGUGAAAACGUUGUUACAUUGAGGAAGAGAAGAAGCUAUACUAGCUUCGAGGAACAAGAAGAAGAGGAUGAGGAAGAAGAAGAAGAAGAAGCUAAUAAAGGGAAGAAGAAGAAGAAGAAAGGGAGAAAGAGCAGUAAUGUGUUAGAGGAAGGAUCAAGGUGCAGCCGCGUUAACGGUAGAGGAUGGAGAUGUUGUCAGCAAACUCUUUAUGGUUACUCUCUUUGUGAGCAUCAUCUUGGUAAAGGAAGGGUAAGAAGCAUGAACAAGAGUUCUGGCGGUCGUGGCGGAGGCCAGAAGAAGGCAGUGAAGAAGAAGAAGCAGAGGGUCAAGCUUGGAAUGGUAAAGGCGCGUUCCAUAAGUAGUUUGCUUGGACAAACCAGCACAAGCAGUGGAGUUACUGAUGUUGUUGUUGCUGCUGCUGCUACUGAGAGUGAGAUAAGUGCACCUGCUGAUCAGUUUCCUGAUUAUGAUAAGUAAGUCUCUCGAAUCAGAUAUGUAUAUGUUUAGGUACAUGAUGACUAGCUCUAUGUAUCGGGUGUGUGAAUUGUGAACAUUUUGUGUGUAGAUUUGAUCAGAGACCUUAAUGGCGUUUGCUAUUUGAUCAUUCUAUGUAUAGAUAUUAAUUUGGUGGAUAUUUCAGUUUCAACAAUAUAUUGGUUUUCUCAA